GACGUACCGACAACGUUGGAUCUUCACAGUCAAAAAUCGAAAAAAAAAAUUAUUGUUUUGAAGUUUUUCCCAAAUUUUGCUCCAUUUUUCCUAAUCUAAAACUAAAUCGAAAAUAUUGCUGGAGUUAGUACAACAAAGUUCGUGCUUCUUAUUCACUGAAUAAUUAAUUCUUAGGCAAUCUAAAACUUCAAUUUUAACCCAAAGAUGAUUAAAAGAACACCUCAAAAAAUGAACAAAUCAAAUAGUUCUCAUGAUGAUGUUCAAUAUCACCGAAUGACAGCCCAAAAUGAUGGAUUUGUGGAUAUGCAGUUUGAAAGAAGUUCCCCUCAAAAGAUUCCUUGGAAAGCCAUUCUAUUGGCAUUUGCACUUUUUCUCGGUGGUACUUUGUUUCUUAUCCUUGGAUCACUGUUGGUGUCUGGACACAUUGACUCAAAGUAUGGAGAUCGCACAUGGCCAUUGAUAAUUAUUGGACUAAUUAUGUUCAUCCCAGGAGUGUACCACGUACGGAUUGCCUUUCUCGCGUAUACUGGAUACGAAGGGUUUUCUUUCGAAGACAUUCCUGAAUUUAAUUAAUUCUUUUUCACGUCCGAAACUAAGAAACAUUUAUGUUUCUUGUCCCACAUGUCUAUGAAACUUGAAGUGUCCUCUUAAUAAGUAUUUUCCUAGUCUAAAAAAUAUUUUGUUACUUUAUCGUGGUGCUGCGCAAUAUAGAAUGAUAAUCUAA